AUGAGACCCGGCGGUCAAGACCCCCUCUCCCUCUGGGGCAAGAUGGCAACUCUUGGCCUGUUGAUUGGAUCUGUUUCCCCCCAUCCGUUCCAGCUUCUCGCACGAGACGACAGGGAUUUCUGGCCCAUCAAGCAGGGCGCGCAAUAUGCCGCCUUCGGCGACUCCUACGCCGCGGGCAUGGGCGCCGGCUCGACCUCUUGGAGUCCCUGGCCGGCGAGCUCAUGCCGCAAAGGAACCGGUAGCUUCGGCCGUCAGUUGAGCCUCCACACGACCAGUGUUGUACACGUGGAUCACACCUUCGGCGACAAUUACUGCUCCGGCGACACUACGGAUGGCGCAAACAAGCGUAUCAAUGACUGGAAAGAUUCCGGAAGCGCCACCCUCGCCACGCUUUCCGUUGGCGGAAACGAUCUCAACUUUGCCGACCUGGUGGAAAAGUGCAUCGUCACACCUUUCAACAGAAAGAAGUACGUCCAGGAAUGCAAAGACACCAGGGCCGCCUUGGAGAAGAAGCUCACGGACACCGGGCCGGGCUCGUUCCGGGAGAAACUCGGGGCAACUUACAAGGCCCUCCUCGCAAAGGCAACGAACCCGGAUUUCCAACUUUACGUCACGGGGUACCCCAGGUUCUUCAACGAUUACACCGAAUACUGCGACAAGGUCACCUUCAGCUUUUGGAACCCGAUGCACUACGAUGACACGUCCAAGUGCAAAGAGUGCAUCUUCCUAACUCGGGAUUUCCGAAACGGCCUCAACACAUACACUCUGCAGGCCAACGCCCUUAUCCAGGAUGUGAUCAAGGUGGUCAAUACCGAAAUCGGCGGGUCCAAGGAUCGCAUAUAUUUUGUUGACACCGAUGCCGUUUUCGAAGGCCGCCGCUGGUGUGAGGAGGGAGUUCAGGAGCCCGACUCUAAGAACCCUCGAGAAUGGUUCUUCCUGAGUGCUUGGCCUGACGUCGUCGCCUCGGACCCUUCAGUGCCUCCACCUGCCUAUGAUAACGAGGCUGCCUUUGACGCAUAUAAAGUGGAUAUUGUCCCGGACACUGAUGAGUACACUGGCGACCUGCCAAACCCGGAGACCUGCGAGACGGAUGAUGACGGCGGGGAUCCCAUUAUGUUCAGGUGGUUCUGCCUCGCUGCUCGAUACAAGGACGAAGUUCGCGGGACCGAAAUCGACGCCAACAUCCCCACUCGAUGGGCCAAGACGUUCCAUCCUCGAAGCAUUGGCCACACGGCUAUCAUGCACGCCCUCAUUGCCAAGUUCAAACAGGUUAACGGCCCUGCUCCGGCGCCCCCAACCCAGUCCGCCCCUAAGAAUCAGUGUAGUCUUUACCUCAAUGAGUACAGGACCUGUCAGAAGGACAUGGAGUUCAAGGUGACCGUGGACCUUCGCGACGCUGGAGGGCUACGCAUCGACGCCGCCAGCCGCGAGGACCCCAACGAGGCCGUCAUCUCCGGGGGAUCACCCCUCAAGGUUCCCGGGCUAAAUGGUGCCGAGCUCAGCAUCGCCGCGGAUGGGAAAGACAGCGUGAAUUUCAACUACGGCGGGCUCAGCUGGACCAGCAUGGAUGGCGAUGUGCAAUCGAGCGCAUUCUGUCAGACAAAUGAUUGGGAGGGAGAUGUGGACGUCGACUGCGGCAAUGUCAUUAUUUCCAAGAAGAAGAGGCAGUUCCUUACCGAGGACAAGUUUGCCGUUGCUACGAGGGGUAUGACUUGUUACUUUGAGUGUUGA